UUACAAGACUUUUCGUGACAAUCUAUUCGCCGGGAACCGCCGUCACAAGAUUGUAAAGAGAGAGAGAGGGGUGAUGGAGCGAAACAGCUUUCACUAUUCUACAGAAAAGAGAUCCAGAGCCGUAGAUCCGGGUUCAGGAUUCGGAUCUUCCAAAAGAGCGAAGACGCACCACGCGCAGCUACUCUCGCCUCUGGUUGUUCCCGUGGGACACGCGUCGUUCCGAUUGCUCAGCCCAAUAUCGCAGGUCGGCGCGGUGAUUGGAAAAUCCGGAAGCGUGAUCAAACAGCUCCAACAGUCAACGGGAGCCAAGAUACGGGUCGAGGAGCCUCCGGUUGGGUCUCCGGAUCGGGUCAUCACGAUCAUAGCACAAGUGGAUUCAAGCUCUAGGGUAAAGUUAGGUGUUGAUAGCAAUGGGAACACAGAGGCUGAGAGGAAGGAGGAGGAUGAAGUUGAGGUAUCUAAAGCACAAGCAGCGGUGAUUCGUGUUUUCGAGAUUCUAGCGGCUGAAGCGGAUAGCAGUACGGUGGUGUGCCGUUUGUUGACGGAGUCUAGCCAUGCUGGUGCUGUGAUAGGCAAGGGUGGUCAAAUGGUGGGGCGUAUUAGGAAAGAAACUGGUUGCAAGAUUGCUAUACGGACUGAGAAUUUGCCUAUUUGCGCUGACUGUGAUGAUGAGAUGGUGGAGAUUGAAGGUAAUGUUAAUGCUGUGAAGAAAGCGCUUGUAUCUGUCUCCCGCUGCUUGCAAGAUUGCCAAGAUGUUAAGAAGAUAAGGACGGUGGGAAACAGACCCCUUGAGAAAGAGACCAUCCAAGAAUCUUCGCAUAGACCCUUAGAAACAAUUAUUCAGGAGUCUCUUCUUCGUAGGUCGGUUGAAGAUUAUGAUUAUAGACCGAGAGGAGCCGAUAUGUUUCCUCGGGGCCAUUUAGCUCGCCCCAGUGAUGUGAUUCCUCAUGAUGCUCUGCAUCAUGGGCAUAUUGAUGGGGUUUCUCAGGGUACUUUGCGCAGGCAUAUUGAGGAGGACCGUCAAGAUGCUUUACUCUGGCAGAUUGAAGCGGAACGGCAUGAUGCUUUACGCCGGCAUAUUGAUCUGGGUCCACGAGAAGUGUUAUACAGGCCUUCUGAUGGUGUCAGGGGAGAUGUUUUCCGACAGCACAGAGAGGUGGAUACUUCUUCUCAUGAUUCCUUGGGUAGACCUUACGAGAUGGUUCAACGUGAUGCUGUUAGGGGCAUGCAGUUUGAGUCGUUUCAACGUGAUGCUUUUGGGAGGACUAUUGAAACAAUCCCACAAGAAACUCUUCGUCGGCCAAGUGGAGAUUUUCUUGCUCAUCGUAGUUCCACUCUAGAUACUCAUCCUCACAGCAUUACGACCUCCGCUCUAAUGAGUAACGCUGUCACCUUGAAACCACAUCAAGCAGAAGUGGAAGCAGAGAACCAAGACGUAGUUUUUAAGAUACUUUGUUCCAUUGAAAAUGCUGGUGGAGUUAUUGGGACAGGGGGUAAAGUUAUAAGGACGCUUCAUAGCGAGUCAGGUGCCUUCAUAAGUGUGGGAAAUACAAUUGCUGACUGUGAAGAACGUUUAAUUACAGUUACUGCACCAGAGAGUCCUCAACGUCAAAGCUCGCCAGCCCAGAAAGCUAUUCUCCUUGUUUUUACUAGAUUAUUUGAGCUUGCCACUAAAAAAAUCGUAGACAAUGGCUCAAGGAUGUCUAUAACUGCACGGCUUGUGGUCCCAACAAGUCAGAUUGGUUGUUUGCUGGGAAAAGGAGGUGCUGUUGUUUCCGAAAUGCGGAAAGCCACGGGGGCUGCCAUUCAAAUUUUGAAGGCUGAGCAGAAUCCAAAAUGUAUUUCAGAGAAUGAUCAAGUUGUGCAGAUUACAGGAGAGUUCCCCAAUGUAAGAGAAGCCAUUUUCCAUGUUACGAGCAGGCUGCGAGACAGUCUUUUCUCUAAAUCAAUGAAAAGUUCCGUAACCAAGAGCAACUCCACCUUAACUACAGAGAGAAUCCACCGCGGACAAUCAGAUAAUCCUCCGUCUGUUGGGUCUCAUCAGUCCUUUGGUCAUCCACCUACCAUCUCUACAAGUCUAAACAGAAGAUCUGAUGACUCCUUUUUAAGUGGGUCUCAGUUAUCAGCUAAUUAUUUGAGACCUGCUGGCACAGAUCCUUACACACGACCAGAAGACCCGGUUCCUGAUAGGUUUAAUCCAUCAGGUGGCUAUUCUCCUAAUUUUGGUCGGCGGUCCACUAUGGACCACAAUGGUAUCUCCCAUCACUUAACUGAGACUGCAUCUCGUAUGUGGGCCUCUCCGCCACCGGCAGCUCUGAGAGGUUUAUCUGAUGCUAGUGGUGGAUUAUCUUCUGCACGGCCUGGCCAUGUUCUUGGCAGUGGACACAAAUCUGCCAUCGUUACAAACACAACUGUGGAAAUUAGAGUUCCAGAAAAUGCUAUGAGCUUUGUGUACGGAGAGCAUGGCAACAAUCUGGAGCAACUGAGACAGAUAUCGGGUGCGAGGGUCAUAGUCCAUGAACCUCAACUAGGAACAAGUGACAGGAUCAUUGUCAUAUCAGGGACGCCUGAUCAAACCCAGUCUGCUCAAAACCUCCUUCAUGCAUUCAUCCUUAAAGGUGAAACCUCAUUGUCGAAAAGAUGCAACCUAAACUAGGACAAUACUGUUCUGCCAUACAGAAAACAAAACAAUAAAUGAGCUCACACUCGUUUCUUGUUAAGUACUUUUGUUUAAUCUUUUAUUUCCUGUGGUUUGGAUCUUUUGAAUUCUUGUACACCAUCUUUUCAGUUUAAGUACUUUACAGAGUAAGUCCGGUGAUUAUUCUUUUCAUUUUUAUCACCCAUUAUUAGUCAUUACCAUAGACAUGGCAUAAAAACCGAGAACCAAAAAAAACGAAAAAAAAAA